AGACUACCUGAAAAGAAGGAUGUCAGAAACAACAAGCAUCAAAAAACAGAAGAAACCCCUUCUGAAUGGGAGAAGAGCCCUUCCAUCAAACAACUCCAAUGCUGAAGAAAAUGAAGUCCCUGAAAUGGAGGUUUUUGGUUUGACACCUAGAGGGUUUAAUCCAAAAGAUUACCUGCACGUUGUGGAUAUCCAUGUGUUCAAGGAACCCUAUGAGAUUAACAAACAACAGCACCACACUGACAAGUAUUACAGCCCUAAGCUGAUAGUCCGUCGAGGACAGCCUUUCCAAAUCCAGAUUGAUUUCAACCGACCCUACAAGCCAGACACUGACCAAUUCUGGCUGGAGUAUUUGAUAGGUCGCUAUCCACAGCAAAACAAAGGCACUUACAUCCCAGUCCUAGUGGGUGAUGAGCUCAAACCUGGUGAGUGGGGAGCCAAGAUUACCCACAAGGAGAACAACUCCAUUCGCCUGUCCAUCAUGUCCUCUGCCACCUGCAUUAUUGGAAAGUUUCGCCUAUAUGUUGCUAUCUCAUCUCCCUUUGGCAUCUUCCGAACACGCAGAAAUGCAGAAACUGAUACUUACAUACUCUUCAAUCCCUGGUGCCAGCAGGAUGCUGUAUUUCUGGAUGAUGAAAAGGAAAGGGAAGAGUAUGUCCUGAAUGAUGUUGGUGUGAUUUUCCAUGGAGAUGUCAACGACAUAAAAUUAAGAAGCUGGAGUUAUGGUCAGUUUGAAGAAGACAUUCUGGAUGCUUGCCUGUUCUUGAUGGACAAGGCAGAACUGGAGCUCUCUGGGCGUGGAAACCCAAUCAAGAUUGUCCGUGUUGCCUCUGCAGUGAUCAAUUCCAAAGAUGAUGAUGGUGUGAUCGCUGGAUCCUGGGACAAUAGCUACACUUAUGGGGUUGCACCUUCAAUCUGGACAGGAAGUGUGGACAUUCUCUUGGAAUAUUACAGUUCUAGACAACCAGUGAGAUAUGGGCAGUGCUGGGUCUUUGCUGGUGUCUUCAACACAUUUCUGAGGUGCUUGGGAAUACCUGCAAGAGUCAUUACCAAUUAUUCUUCUGCCCAUGAUAACAAUGCCAAUUUACAGUUAGAUUUCUAUCUGGAUGAAGAAGGGAAAUUGGACACCAAAACUACAAAAGACUCCAUCUGGAACUAUCAUUGUUGGAAUGAAGCUUGGAUGUCCAGACCUGAUCUUCCUGUUGGUUUCGGAGGAUGGCAGGUUGUUGAUGCGACACCCCAGGAAACCAGUGAUGGUAUGUACAGGUGUGGCCCAACUUCAGUUCAAGCUAUUAAACAUGGUCAUGUUUGCUUCCAGUUUGAUGCUCCUUUUGUUUUUGCUGAGGUGAACAGCGAUAUUGUUUACUCAAGAAGAGAAAGAAAUGGAGCACAAGUGAUUGAAAAAAUUGACAUGACUCAUGUUGGAAAGUUGAUUGUGACCAAGGAAAUUGGGAGUGAUGGAAUGAUGGACAUCACUGAGGAGUACAAGUUCCAAGAAGGCUCAGAUGAGGAGAGACUGGCUCUUGAUACUGCUGUGAUGUAUGGUGUUAAAAAGCAAAUUACCCAAGAUACUGUGUAUUAUCCACAGACAGAUGUUGACAUGGACUUCCAAGUACAAAAGGCAAUCCUUGGUAGUGACUUCAAAGUCACUAUAGCUUUCAAGAACAAAAGCCAGAACUAUUACAGUGCUACUGCAUAUUUUUCAGGAAAUAUAGUGUUUUAUACAGGAGUCAUGAAGAGUGAAUUCAAGAAUCAAACUUUCAAUGUGACACUGGCACCUUCCUCAUCUAGUACUUUUGAUGUUGUGAUCAAAUCAAGUGAGUACCUGGGUGAGCUGCUGGACCAAGCCUCGUUUCAUUUCUUUGUCACGGCACGGAUCAAUGAAACUGGAAAGAUUCUGGCUGUGCAGAAAGCUACAGUACUAGAAAUUCCCAUGCUGCAUAUCAAGACUCAAGGCGAGACAGUGGCAGGUAGGGAAAUGUUUGUAACUGUGGAAUUCACCAAUCCUCUGAAUCAAACUCUGGAGAAUGUCACACUCCGCCUCGAGGGACCCGGCGUGCUGAGAACAAUGAAAAAGGAUUUCAGGCAAAUCCCAGCAAAUUCUACGUUGAUCUGGGAAGUAAAAUGCACCCCAAAACGGUCAGGGCUACGAAAGUUGAUUGCAAGCCUGAAUUGUGAUGCUUUGAGGCAUGUAUAUGGUGAGCUAAAUGUCCAGAUUCAGAAACUAUGAACAAAGGUGCUGAAUUCAUCCUUUAAUUAGCUGUGUUUCAAAAUAUCAUUUUAGAUGAAGAAAAAGAGAUAGAGAUGUAGAAAUUUUAUUAUUUUGAUUAUCCUCAUGCCUACUAAAAUAUGAUAAAGAAAACUAAUUGAAAAUACUGGGAAGAGCUGGAAAAUGCAUCUGGAUUGUGAAUGAUUCAAAAUUAGAUACAAGUAAUUAAAGGCAAUUCUAGAUCCUGUUAUUCCUACAGUUCAUUUGUAUUUAUGGCCCUUUGCACUAGUGCUGAGAGAAUAUGAAAGGCUCUGUUCA